AUGGGAUCUGUUCCUACAGCUUUAGCAAUAAUAGCGCUGGUUUUUGUUUCUCCUGUUAUAAUACCAGCAGUGCUGCUGGGGGGGGUAUUUUAUGACCUUUUCCAUUCAGAACUGCCUCCUGGAAUUGACCAGCCUCUAAAGCUUCGCCUUUUCCACGCGCUGCUGAUCACAACCAUGAUCUCGGGAAAGAUUUUGGAGAAGCUAGGGAUCUGCAGUGAUCUAAGCUUACUGCGAGUUGUGCUAGAUGGAGUACCACCACGGAGAGAUCCAAAACUUCUUAUCAAAGAUCUCAAAGUAGAUGAGGUCCCACUGAGGAUUUACCAGCCCAAACAGCCACCUACUGGCAAACGAAGAGGAAUACUGUAUUUUCAUGGAGGUGCUGGCACAUUUGGGAGCAUCAGAGCCUUUGAAAGAGUAUGCUGCUACAUUGCCAAAAACUGCAACUCAGUGGUUGUGUCUGUUGGGUAUCGUUUGGCUCCUGAACACCCGUACCCGGGGCAGUAUUUUGACUGCCUCAGUGCCACCCUCUACUUCAUGAGGAAUUUAGAAGAGUACCACGUGGACCCUGCUCUCAUCGUCAUCAGCGGUGACAGCUGUGGGGCUAAUUUUGCCACAGUUAUUUGCCAAAUACUGCUGAAUAAAAGAGAUCUCCCAAAAGUACGUGCUCAGGUCUUACUUUACCCAGGACUACAAGGGCUAGAUUUCCAUCUGCCUUCCUACCAGCAGAACGCCUCAGUCCCCAUACUGUUUAGGAAGCUCGUUAUCUACUUCUGCUUUCGUUACCUUAAUAAGGAACCCUCUGUUUUGGAAGAUGUCCUACAAAACCGCCAUAUUCCUGAGAGCAUGAAACAGAAGUAUAAAAAGUGGGUAAGUGCUGACAUUAUUCCUGACAAAUUUAAGGUUAGAGGCUACGUACCACAGAAAUCCACUUCAUAUAAACCUGAAGUCCACAAAGUGAUCAAAGAACUUUUAGCAAUAACUUUUUCCCCACUUCUGGCUGAGGACUCCGUUAUUUGCCAGCUCCCCGAAUCCUACAUCGUGACCUGUGAGUUUGAUGUGCUCAGGGAUGAUGGGCUGCUCUACAAGAAGAGACUAGAGGACAACGGCGUGCAAGUAACCUGGUACCAUUCUGAGAGUGGCUUCCAUGGAAUUUUAGCCUUCUUUGGCUACGGGAUUUUUUCCUUUUUAUCUGGAAAAAGGAUAAUGGACAGUGUUGUGAAUUAUAUAAACAGUUUAUAA